GUCAUUGAGAUAUCAUUCCUCAUUUCCUCACUUUAAUUACACUAACAAGUUAGUAACCUUUGUGCAACUUUUAUUAGUCGUUUGUAAAGUGUUACUCAGCAAUCAUCACAAUGCAUUCCUGGACAGCGUUGUUAUCCCUAUCGUUAGUUGCCGUUUGUAACGCGCAGUUCGGCUUCGGCAAUAAUUUUGGGAACUUCGGAGGUGGUGGUGGAUUUAACAAUAUGCGCUCGCAGAAAUUCCACGAGCGCUUCGACAAUGCCGGCGGUAAUGCAGCGGGCGCCGGACAGGCGUCCGCCCUCCAGGGAACGGCUACCAGCAUCAACACGGCCAACCACCAAGCCGGUCGCGGCCGGACCAGCUCCAACGCCCUCAGCGCCAACACCGCAUCCGGCAUCGGGCCCAGCGCUAGCGGUGCCGCCCAGGCCGGCGGUCAGACCAGUUCCGGACGCCGAGGCGGCUCCAUGUUUGAGCGCAACCAGGGAUUCUUCCGCCGCAAACGCCAGGCCUGGGGAUUUCCUGGUGGGUUCGGUUUCGGAUCGGGCGCCCAAGCCAACUCCCUGGGCGGUGGCAGUGCUAUGUUCGGCAACGUGGAGACCAACAAUUUGGCCAACACCUUCAGCAGCCCGUGGGGCGCCAGCGGGAUGGGGAUGGGCAACGCCCGGGGUAGCGGUUACGGUGUGAAUAUCUGGAACGCGGCGACAUCGAAUUCCUUCACCGGCCGCAAGAAACGCCAGGCUUUUGAUUUUAAUUCGGGAUUCAACGGGUUUAACGGAUUCAACUCCGCCGGGUCACAAGCUGGCGCACUGGGCGGGGCCAAUACCAUGUUCGGGAAUGCUUUCACUAAUAAUAAUGCCUUCACCAAUAGCAAUCCGUGGGGUGCCAGUGGGUCGGCAUUCGGCAAUGCCGGUGCCGAUGGACCAGGAUCCAAUGCGUGGAAUGCCGCCAGUUCUAGUUCGUUCUCCAACGGAUUUUAAGAUAUUGUGGCAGGCAUGUAUUUUCCCUUGACCUCCACAACAAUACCGAUGUUCCUCUUUAUAUAUUAUAUUUUAUUGUUUUCUUGUGGUUCGCGAAGCAUAGUCAUGACUAAUAAUGAUCGUGAUAAAUUAUUGAACUUGUAUUCAAUUACCGGCAAGAUUCUUUUACGCCACUUUUGUCCUGAAUUGACGGUUGCACAAUAUACUGAAUUAAAAUAAAAUCCAGUCAGUGAUAA